AUGAAGGUCCAGGUGCAGCUCAACAACGACCAGGACGAGUAUCCGGAGUCGAGGGUCAUCAAGAUUGGCGAGAACGGCGACGUUGUUGUGAGCGAGCUGAGCGAGGCGGACGAGCUGGACAGCCACAGCCAUUCGGAGCACAGCGACGAGGGGUACUGCCAUUCGUGCGACCACGACGAUUGCUCGGAGCACUUUGAGGACUACGACGAGGACUACGACGAGUGUCUGCAUCACCAGCACGCGGGCCCGCACAAGGAGGUGUACUGGAACAACACGCUGCCGUCGGUGGACGACCGGGAGCAGGUGAAGCAGUUCUGGCUGGGGCUGGGCGAGAAAAAACGGCGCGAGCUGCUGACGGUGGGGUACGACGAGAUCUACAAGAUAGUGCACCAGAACCCGCCCGGGUGCAACUGCCAGGGUUGCACGGAGCCGAAGCUGGCGUUCGAGCGCGACCUGGAGAAGAUGUACCACGCGAUGUAUCUCACCACGAACGAGGAUCUGGGGCUGAACACCGCGCUGGUGCACGAGAUGCUGGGGCUGGACGAGCCCAAGCCGGACAAGGUGAGCGUCGCAGACAUCGACCGGGUGGCCGAGGACAUUCUGAACAACAAUGCAAACUCGUUCAUCGAUCUGGUGGAGCAGCUGGACGAGGAGCGGGGGGCACGACCCGAGGAGGAGGAGGAGGAGGUAGAAGAAGAAGACGACGAGGGAGAUGAUGACGACGACGACGAGGCCGAGAGCGAGCGAGAACGCAAACAGCUGCACAACGCGUACCGGUAUCUGCAAGUGGUGAUUGCCAAGGUGAUCAGUGCAAGACUGUUUGCCGCGUACAAGGAGAAAGUUGCCGAGGACAGCACAAAGCAGCUGAUUGCCGAACUGGAGGCCGAGGAGCGUCGCAAGAAGGAGAAGGAGGAGAAGGAGAAGCGCAAGAAGGAAAAGCUCAAGGAGAAGAAACGGCUCCAGCAGCUCGCCAAGGAGGAGGAGCGCCGCAAACGAGAAGAAGACAAACUGGAACAGGAGCGCAUACACCAGGAAGAGAUGCGGCGAAAGACCGAGGAGGGCCGCAAGCGCAAGGAGGAAGAGCGGCGGCGGCGCGAGGAGGAGCAGCGCAGGAAGGAGGAGGAGAAACAGCGCAAGAAGGAGGAACGGCUCCGCAGAGAGGAGGACAAGCGCAGGGAGAAGCUGAAGGAGCAGGCCCAGGAGGAGCGCAAGGAGGAGCCAAAACAGGUGGAAGCUCCUAAGGCUGUUUCUGCCGAGCCGGAGCUUGCUGCCGAGACGCCAUUGCAGUACUCGGCUGCCCAGCUGAGCGAUCUGCUCUCGAAACUCAACAUCCCGGUGGAGAAACCGGUUUCAGAACCGUUCACAGACCCGCUGCCCGUGUCUGCCUCGUCGCAGCAACCCGCACCAAGCUUGCCCGACCUGAGCCUGCCCCCACUGCCGUCGCUGGACCUGUUCCCAGACCCAAUCACCAGCUUCAAACAGCCAUUCCCGUCGCUCUCGGGAUCCAUCUGGGACCCACCCACGCCGCAAAAGUCCAUCUGGGGGUCGUCCUCCAUCUGGUCCAAGCCGGCAGCGGUUCAACUCACCCCUGCCCAGAUCGAGGCGGUGCAACUGGAGGCCCUCAAGGCCACCGGCACGAUGGUGGCCAACAACCAGUGCUACCCAGCGUCGCUGCUACACCACUACACGCGCCAGGCCAUGCUGGCCGCAUACGGAUUGGACCUGACAAUGGACCAGUUUGUCAGCAGCCUGGGCGCGAAGCUGAGCUCGAAGCUGGGAUUUGCGUUCGAGGUCAUCUACGACGAGCUGGCGUCCCCAGCACUAAUCAAGCUCACCACUGUCCCCACCGGCCUCGGCGCCAGCACGUGGAACAUUGGCUUUUAG